GGUUCAAAUAUUGACCAGCAAUCGGCUACAAAACCUUUUAGGGUUUCCUCACUCGAUUUACCGAUACCUCCUAAAUAUCACAAGAAAAUCCAUUCAACCCGAUCCAUCUACUCCCUCAUCUUCACUCCUCCACUGCGGCCACCGUCGACUGUUAAACCCUAGCUCUCAUUCCACAAUGAUUUGUUCAAUUUCCGGCGAGGUGCCGGAAGAACCUGUUGUUUCUAAGUCAUCCGGACUACUUUUCGAGAAGCGAUUGAUCGAAAGACACAUACUGGACUAUGGAAAAUGUCCAGUGACCGGGGAAACCCUAACUACGGAUGAUCUUGUUCCAAUAAAAACUGGCAAGAUAGUGAAACCUAGACCAGUGCAGGCUGCAAGUAUUCCUGGAAUGCUUGGAAUGUUCCAGAAUGAAUGGGAUGCUUUGGUGUUAUCUGCUUUUGCAUCAGAGCAACAAUUACAUACAACAAGGCAAGAGCUUAGUCAUUGUUUAUACCAGCAUGAUUCAGCUUGUCGGGUGAUUGCAAGAUUAAAGAAAGAACUUGAUGAAGCAAGGACAAUGUUGUCAAGUUUAGAAAGACAAGCACCAAUGCCAGCAACAACAGCAGUCUCAUCAAAUGCUUAUGCUAUAAGCAAUGGGAAAAGAGCUGCUACUGAGGAUGAUGAGUUUGGUCCUGAUGGUAAGAAAUUCCGCCCUGGAAUUUCUUCCAGUAUCAUUACCGAAUUAACAGACUGCAAUGCUGCACUUUCACAGCAAAGGAAGAAAAGACAGAUUCCUCCCACAUUGGUUCCAUUGGAUGCUAUUGAGAGGUAUACACAGCUCAAUAGUUACCCUCUUCACAAAACAAACAAAGCUGGAAUUUUAUCUAUUGACAUCCAUCAAUCAAAGGAUCUUAUUGCUACUGGUGGAGUUGAUAUGAAUGCUGUAGUCUUUAAUCGAUCUUCAGGGGAAAUUGUAUCUACACUCAGUGGCCACUCCAAGAAGGUCACAAGUGUCAAGUUUGUGUCCGAUGGUGAGUUGGUUGUUACUGGUUCAGCUGAUAAAACAGUAAGAGUGUGGCAAGGGUCUGAGAAUGGAAACUAUGAUUGUAAGCAUGUCUUAAAGGAUCAUACAGCUGAGGUGCAAGCUGUGACUGUACAUGCUACAAAUAACUAUUUUGUAACAGCCUCUUUAGACAAUUCCUGGUGCUUCUACGAGCUGUCAUCCGGAUUAUGCCUUGCACAGGUUGAAGAUUCAUCUGUAUCCGAGGGCUACACAUCUGCAGCUUUUCAUCCUGAUGGUCUCAUUCUAGGAACUGGCACUUCUGGAUCAAUUGUUAAAAUCUGGGAUGUGAAGAGUCAGGCAAAUGUUGCGAGGUUUGAUGGUCAUGUUGGGGCAGUUACUGCAAUAUCCUUUUCAGAAAACGGUUACUUCCUUGCUACUGCUGCUCAUGAUGGUGUUAAGCUGUGGGAUCUUCGUAAACUGAGAAACUUCAGGACUUUUACACCCUAUGACGAGAACACUCCAACACAAUCUGUGGAAUUUGAUCAUAGUGGAAGUUAUCUGGCAAUAGGAGGUUCAGACAUAAGGGUUUAUCAAGUUGCGAAUGUGAAGUCAGAAUGGAAUUGUAUUAAAACAUUCCCUGAUUUGUCCGGCACAGGUAAGAUAAACAGUGUAAAGUUUGGUCCUGAUGCAAAAUACAUAGCGGUUGGGUCAAUGGAUAGAAACCUUCGGUUGUUUGGUUUGCCUGGAGAAGAAAAUGAUGCUGCAAUGGAAGCCGAAUCUUGAAAAAGUGAUAUGAUUGUUGUUUGUUUAUCUAAGUGGGUCAUUUUGUAUUUUAUUCAGGUGUAGCAUUUUAAAAAUGUCUCUGGAUUUUUUUAUUUAAUGAGACAGAUUAUUUGUGUUUAGAAUUUUGAAGUCAUGUAAGAAUUGAGUUUUAUAUGCAAAACGGAGGCUUUUUUUUUAACAAAAUUUAACUUGUGGAAUGUUUUUGGCCCU